UCAGAAAGUGCUGAAGAUCAGUUUUAGCUGGAGAUAUUUUAGUUUCUUUGUAUUGCACAAUAAACUUUGAGCAAACAGUUUCCUUUUCCUCUUCCUAGAGUUUAUAUAUAUCUGUGUUUGAACACAAAGAAGAUGGAGAGAAACAGAUCAAACCAGGGCCGUCAGAUGAUGUUGAUGAGAGCGUUCUGACUAACACUUCUCUCUUGAUGCCCAGUGAUGGGAAACCAAAGCAGCAGAAUCAGUGACUUGCUCUUACGAGCCCUCGACAACCUUUCUCAGGAAGACUUGAAAAGAUUUAAAGACAAACUAUCACAUUCUGACUUUGAGGGGAAAGGUACUAUCCCCCGAGGUCAGCUGGAGAAUGCCGACAGGAUAGAUACGAAGAACCUCCUGAUGGAAUUCUAUAGUGGGGACGCUGCAGUAGAUGCAACCAUCGAGGUUUUCACUCAAAUCAACCUCCGAGAUUCUGCUGCAAAACUCAGAGAAGAAAGAGAGAAAGAGUUUCAUCAGAGUCAUAAACCAUCAGAGUUGUCGGCAAAAGGCUACAAGAAGAAGUAUAAAGAAGAUAUUAAAAAGAAAUACAAGCUAAUAAAAGAUAUGAACAGUUGUUUUGGUGACAAUAUCAUUCUAAACAGAAGAUACACAAACCUCACUAUUGUAGACAGACCUCGUCAGCCAAAGGAGAGAGAACAUGAAAUAAUGGCCAUGGGAUGGAGACAUGCAGAAGUCAUGACUGAACGAACUAGUUCUGCAGUUACACUGGCCACCCUCUAUAAACCUGAUAAAGAUGGACAAACUCCACAAGUCGUUGUGCUGCUGGGAGCUGCUGGGAUUGGGAAAACAAUGACUGCAAGAAAGAUCAUGUAUGAUUGGGCAGCUGGGGAACUCUAUAAGAAAAAGUUUGAUUUUGUUUUUUACAUCAACUGCAGGGAAAUGAACCUUCUUAAUGAGAAGGGAAGUGUGGCUGACAUGAUUUUUAAAAGUUGGCUUAAUACAAAUGCACCAGUUAACCACAUUCUGGUGAAUCCAGAAAAACUCCUGUUUAUAAUAGAUGGGUUUGAUGAACUGAGAUUUUCCUUUGAUCAGCCUAAAGAUAAUCUGUGCACUGAUCCAUGGGAGAAGAAGCCAAUGGAAAUCCUCCUGAGCAGUUUAUUUAGGAGAACAGUUGUUCCUGAAUCCUACCUGAUGAUCACUACAAGACCAGCUGCUCUGGAGAAACUCGGGCAAUGUUUGGAAUGCUCACGUUAUGCAGAGAUCCUGGGGUUUUCCAAAGCUGAGCGAGAGGAAUAUUUCUACAAGUUCUUUGGAAAUGAAAACCAAGCAAGACAAGCUUUACGAUUUGUGAAAGCAAAUGAAAUUCUUUUCACAAUGUGCUUUGUCCCCUUCAUAUGUUGGAUCAUCUGCACGGUUCUGAAACAACAGCUUGAAAAAGGUGAGAAUCUCACACAAACUUCAAAAACAGUCACUGGAGUGUAUAUGCUCUACCUUUCCAGUUUAGUCAAGCCUCUCAGCAACAAUACGAAGCAACACUUAUACGGAAAUCUGAGGGGACUUUGCUCCUUGGCUGCUGAUGGAAUCUGGAAACAAAAGAUACUGUUUGAGGAAGAAGAAAUCAAGAAGUUCGGCUUAGAUCAAGAAAACUCUCUCCCCCUCUUUUUGAAUGAGAAUAUUUUUCAAAAAGAAACUGACUGUGAAUGUCUCUACAGCUUCAUUCACUUAAGCUUUCAAGAGUUUUUUGCAGCUUUGUUAUAUGUCCUGGAGGAAGAUGAAACAACAGAUUCAGGGAUUCCCAAGAAAGAUGUGAAAACAUUGUUAGAAAACUAUGGAAACUCUAAAAAUUAUUUAAUGUUAACAGUGCGAUUCCUGUUUGGGCUAUUAAAUGAAGAAAGAAUGAAGGACCUGAAAGAAAAAUUUGGGUGUAAAAUUUCACCUAAAAUUAAGGCAGAUUUACUGAAGUGGGUUCAAGCAAACCAAGAAACAGAUUUAACAUUGCUCUGUGUUCAUGAAGGGAUUUAUCAAAGUUAUCAGCUUGAGUUGUUUCACUGUGUGUAUGAGAUGCAUGAAGAAGAUUUUGCAGUUAAUGCAUUGGAUCACUUCACUGCACUGAAUUUAAAUCAAAAUAAAUUUACCCAGAUGGAUCAAAGGGCUCUUUCAUUCUGUGUAAAGCAUUGUCGUCGUCUGGAGUCACUUUGUAUGUGUGACUGUACAUUUAUCUUAGAAGACCACAAGGAAGAACUCCCAAGACGACAAAAGUGGCGACAUCAGAAACAACGUCAGGAUAAGCCAAAGCAUUCACCUAUUUACCUGCUCUGUCAAGCACUGAAGGAUCCAAACUGUAAAUUAAAGAAACUAGAGUUUUCUGAUUGCCAUUUGACAGCUGCUUGCUGUGAGGAUCUCUCCUCCAUUCUUAGUAUCAAACAGACCUUGGUUGAGUUGCGCCUGGCAGGAAACAGCCUGGGAGAAUCAGGAGUGAAGCUGCUAUGUGAGGGACUGAAGCAUGUGAACUGCAAACUGCAGAAACUGAGAUUGAAGGCUUGUGAAGUCUCAGCUGCUUGUUGUGGGGAGCUCUCUUCUGCUCUCAACACCAACCGUCUGCUAACAGAUCUGGAUCUGAGUGGUAAUCAGCUGGGAGCCUUGGGAAUACAGCUGCUGUGUGAAGGACUGAAACAGCAAAACUGCAAACUGCAGAAACUAGUGUAA